AAAUAGAUAUUAAAAAAUGCAUUUCAUAAAAAAUGUUAAAGUUCAUAAGCUCAAUGUUCUCGGUUCGAUGAAACUUGUGUGUGAGUUGAACAGUUUGACUUGGUCCGGUGUCGUUUGAUAUUUUAAAUUUCCCAUUUUAAAAAUUGUAAACACAAAUGCUUUGAUAAAAUACAGCAAAUUUGUCAGAGUUAAUACGUGAUUGGAAAAACUAUAAAGUUCAGGAACGUUAAUAUUAUUGUACCAGCACACCCAUUAAGGACCAAAAAUAUAAAUUUUUAGCACAGCAUGGAAUUGACAUCUGUUCAAAAGGAAAAAUCGAUAUACCCCAAGUACACAUGGCUUAUCGUAAUCAGUGAAUUGUGUGAACGAUUUACCUAUUUUGGAUUGAAAUCUGUUUUGAUUUUAUACCUGACAAGAAUACUGCAGUUCAACGGAGAAGAAUCAACAAUAAUAUAUCACAGUUUCAUAUUUCAUGCGUGUAUCAUGCCAUUGCCGAGUGCAAUUUUGGGAGACUCUUAUUGGGGAAAAUUCAAAACAAUAAUGUAUUUGUCAUUUUUCUACGCAUUGGGAUGCUUAGUGCUCACCGGUGGAUCAAUUGCAGAUAUGUUCGGCCUCGACGUUCAAAAAAUCUUAACUCUCCUCGGGUUAUUUUUUAUAUCCGUCGGUAUGGGUGGCAUAAACUCGUGCAUUUUUGCAUUUGGCGGAGAGCAAUUUCAAUUACACCAUCAAGAAAAGCAGUUACAACACUAUACUACUAAUUACACAUUGGCAGUGUUCGUUGGAUCGUUGAUCUCAACGUUUUUGAUGCCUGAAUUCAGACAAAGCAUACAUUGUUUUGGCAAAGACACGUGUUUUCCGUUGGCUUUUGGUGUGCCGACCAUUAUGAUGUUUAUUUCCAUUGCAAUAUUCGUAGCUGGAAAAAACAUGUACGUGAAGAAAAAACCGGAACAGAAAGUGAUAACGAGGACGUUUGGCUGUAUUUUUUACGCAAUGAGAAUGAAGGUAACUUCAGCCAUUCCGUGCCAAACCCACUGGUUGGAUAACGCAAAGGGAAAGUACACAGAAUCGGAGAUAUCAGACACGAGGUCAGUCCUUGACCUUCUCUUCGUAUUCACAGCAUAUCCGGUGUUUUGGUCACUAUACUCACAAUCGGGUUCAAAGUGGACAUUACAAGCCAUGCUGAUGAAUGGUCGCGUGGACUUCUUAAACUGGACAAUCAAACCCGAUCAAAUCCAGAUGCUAAUACCAUUAUUUGGAAUAACCUUGCUCGUCCUCGUUGACAACGUUUUUUAUCCGAUGUUUGCGGCGAUAGGCAUCCGGAAACCAUUACAAAAGCUCACCUUUUGCGGUUUCCUUGGAGUCAUAGCAUUUGUGUUCGCGGCGCUACUGCAGUUUAAAAUAGUUGGCAAUACAACUGAGAUACCAUCUGGCCAAGGACGGAUAUACAUAUAUAACGGAUUCGAUUGCCACGUGUUCGUGAAAUCAAAGUCGUUACACAUACAACAUCAAAUCAGUCCACUCGAUUCGUUCAACGUCAGUCAUACAGUAAUGUCUCAGAAUGUCUCAGGAGACGUCAUGGUCGUCGGGAUCACAAUAGGUUUUGAAUCAAAGUGCAAUUUUGUGUCAGACAACUACGAAUUCACUACCACUGUAACAAUAAUCGAAGGAAAAGAGAUUUCUUAUCACUUGAUCAGACUAAAUUCAAACACAAUUGCAUUAAACCGUGUUGGUGCUCAUGAUAGUUUAGUCAAAGAAAAGUUUGGGAACCCAAAUUUAAGAAUUUUGUUCGAUCAUACUUUUGGUUUUGACGAUAAUAUUACAUUCACCAGUACAGAUCACACCUCAUUUACUUCGUACUCUCUCAGUCAAUUUCGAGGGAUGAGCUAUAAGGCUGUUAUAGUAGGAAUAUAUAAUGUGUUCCACAACGGAAAAAUGUUGCCCACACCAACUAUGGACGUAAUUCCAGGCACGUUUUAUACACUAACAUUACAACGAAAUGGUGACAAAAUGGAUGUAAGAUUAUUUACCAAAGACGAAGGAAAAUUCAUUCACGUAUUGUGGCAGCUUCCACAAUAUUUUAUUAUGACUUUAGCCGGCAUCAUAUUCUUGACCACUGAAAUGAAAUUUACAUUUACUGAGGCUCCAAUAAGCAUGAAGUCAUUCGUAGCCGCCAUUAAUUUAUUGAUGGUGGCACUUGGAAGUUUGUUGGUCAUAACCAUUUCAACAAUGUCGUUUAAAAAUCAAGCACACGAAUUUUUACUGUACUCUGGUCUUAUGCUUGCUGACACGUUUUUAUUGGGUUACAUCAGUGUGGUUUAUCGGAGUGAAAAUACCAUUAUAACUGACGCAAUGACACCGAACGAGAACAAAAUGGAAGAAACUACUGUUGUCAACUAAAUAUUGUUUUAUUCGACUAAACUGGCAACGAGGCCAGACUUAAAAAAUUCUUCAUAGUUCUAACCAUGUUUUAAUAAUGUAUAAUUUACGUAGGUAUAUUGAAAUUGUGUACACACAAAUUAUAAUAUAUAAUAAUAUAUACGUACACAGCCA